AUGGGUGGUGAUCUAAACUUGAAAAAAUCAUGGCAUCCUGUCUUAAUGAGCAAUCAGAAACGAGUGUGGGAAGAGGAGAAAAAAGCGUUAGAUGAGCGUAAGCGUACAGAACAAAGAAUCAAGGAGUUAAAAGAAGAGCGUGCUAAGGAAGAGAUUCAAACCAAGCUGGAAGCAGCUGGCAGCCGAAAACGAAUUGAUCGUGUCGAUUGGAUGUAUCAAGGACCUUCUACUGGCCAGACAGGAACGACAGAAGAGAUGGAAGGAUAUCUUCUCGGUAAACGGCGAAUUGAUGGCUUAAUAAAGGGUAAUGACAACAGAAACCUAGAAAAGCGAGCCUCUCAAGAAAGCUACAUGAAUUCAAACCCUGCAAACACAGCACGAGAUACGGCCACAAAAGUUAGGGAGGAUCCAUUGUUAGCAAUCAAAAGACAGGAGCAAGCUGCUUAUGAAACAAUGAUAAAUGAUCCAACAAAGCGUCGACAAUUACUCGCACUUGCAGGUCAAGCUGAGGAAAAUUAUAAGGAAAGGUUUGCCUCCGAAAAGAGAUCUGAAAGACAUUCCCAUCCCAAAAACACCUACAAUGAAGACUACCAGAAGGGCACCAGACAUAGGCGGAGAGAUGACCAUAGUGGCCAUAGAAAUACACAAGACUAUUACUCUUCAGAUAAACAACGAAGGGUGAGUCAAAAUAAAGAUCAAGAUACGAAGAAGACUCAUCACACGACAAAACAUGUCAGAAAUUCACAUUCUAGAACCUAUGAUUCAAGAAGUCACGACCCUCACAAAAACUACCGAAGAUCUACUUCACCGGAUAAUAGUUAUCGACCCAGGUCAAGCGUUAAAACCGAGAAUAGUGUAAAAAGAAAACGGUCUCCCAACGAUGGACAAGAUUCCCUAAGGGGACGGGAUUCCCAGGCAAAUCAAUAUGGCAGACGAAAUUAUCAAGAUAAUCGGGAAAAAUAUCGUCAAUCCAAUAAUCAAAAAAUAAAGAGAGGCAAAUCAGAGGAACGGCCUACAUCUCCUCGCUCAACUAUAGAUGGGGAAGCACAACGACGACAAAAAUUAGCGCAAAUGCAGCAGGAUGCAUCGAAACUUGAUGCAGAUCGAGAAAAAAGGCUAUCUGCUCUUGCAGAGCAAGAGAAGACCCAACGUGAUGUAGAGGAAAAAGCACGAGCAAGAACAUCACGUUAUGGCGAUAAAGGGGACUUCGUCAAUGGUCUCAACCAGAAAGCAAACAGCAUGAGCUUAGCUGAAAGAAUCGGCCGAAGUAGGCGAGGGCUUUUACGAGAGGAUGAUUGA